ACGAUAAUAUAGGUGCAUUGUCUGGGACAGUAGGAGUAAAGAGAGAGAGAGAGAGAGAGAGAGAGAGAGAGAGUGAGGGCUGGAGUGGGAGAAACAGAUAAGAAGGAAGAAAAAAGAAUGGGAAGAUCCACUUCUUGUUUCAAAAUCAUCACAUGCGGUAGCGAUUCAGCUGACAAAGAUGAUCUCCAAGCUCCUGAGAACAAGAACUCAGGUGACAGACGCGGAUGGAGUUUCCGGAAGAGAUCUGCUCGUCAUCGAGUUCUAAGCAACACUGUCAUCACAGAAGCUGCUUAUUCUGCAAAUAAGGAGAGCUCAGAAUCUGCCAGUCUUAACUUCCAAUCACCAGAUACGUCCACCGUUCCAGAGAAAAUCUCCAUAAUACAAUGCACUGAUGAGAAACCACAGUUGUCAACUUUUUCAGACGCAAAAGUAUCUGAGACUAUUGUUUUCAGCAAGGAUGAAAGUGAAGUUGAUGCCCAACUUGAAGAGUCUGUUGUUAUUGUCAUACAGGCUGCUGUCCGUGGGUUCCUGGCCCAAAGAGAACUCAUCAAGCUGAAGAACUUAGUUAAGUUGCAGGCAGCUGUACGUGGGCACUUGGUCCGGCAGCAUGCUGUUGGAACCUUACGAUGUGUACAAGCAAUUGUCAAAAUGCAAGCACUUGUUCGUGCUCGCCGUGUUCGUUUGUCACACGAGGAGUCAUCUACAGAAAAGAAGAUAGAUGGGAAGCAUGAAAAGCCUAUUUUAAAGAACUCGGGGAAGGAAAACUCAACAACCAAACCAGAUGUAGCGUACACUUCCAUUGAGAAGUUGCUUAGCAAUAGGUUUGCUCGUCAGCUAAUGGAAUCAACACCAAAGACGAGGCCUAUCCACAUCAAGUGUGAUUCUUCAAAACCAAAUUCUGCUUGGAACUGGUUGGAGAGGUGGAUGUCCAUUUCAUCAGCUGAACCAACACCACAACUAGAGUUAUCAACUGAGCAGCAAUUAGAUAGAGAGAAGAGUGGGAAUCUGGCCACUAAAUUGGAAGCUGCAGUUCCAUCCGAAGGUUUUUGUGAGUCGGCAGAUUCGAAGUCCAAUACACAGGAAACUAUUCUGCCAUCUGAAAGUGAAGAGAAUCUGGUAACUCAUGAUGCAGAUGACUUUAAGUUUCAGGAACGCCAUCUAACACCUUCUUUAUUAGGAGAUAAUUCAGAGCAGCCUCAGCCCGAGAAGAUUAGUACUUCUGGUGCAAAAGAGAGCCCAAUAGACAUAAGUUCUCUCCCAAAUCAAACAAUGCAAUCUGAUGCAACUUUGCAAAUGGCAAUUUCUCAUAAGGCAGAAAUAGAAGGUGAACAAACCGAUCAACCCAAACGAUCUAUGAAAAGGAAUGCCUCUGAACAGCUAGAGAAUGAAGGAAAGAAGUUUGUAUUUGGAUCAAGAAAAAUUAGCAAUCCUGCGUUCAUUGCUGCUCAGUCUAAGUUUGAGGAAUUAAGUUCAACAGCUAAUUCAAAUAGAUCACUCAGUUCAUCAUAUCAAGAUCGUGGAGUUGAAUCAAAUAUGGACACUGUUUCUUCUGGUGCAGACACUGUAAUGAGGACAAAGGAGCUCAACAUGGUAGAGAACUUGGUCCCUAAUAAUAUGAGGGUGCAAUAUGGUGGUUCUGAAUGUGGUACUGAACUUUCUGUUACUUCUACCCUUGAUUCACCUGAUGUAUUUGAAGUUAGAGCAUCAGAAUCCGAGCAUGAAGCUAACUCCUCAGGGAAAGAAAAUCCUAACAGUACAGAAGAUGUAGUUGUUGAAGCCAAGAAUGCAUCCACUGAUCUGGUGUCAAAAUUGUCUGACUCUAUAAAGAUUCAGCCUGGGCAACUUGACGGUGUUGGAGGUGAAGCUCUGGAUUCAAUUGUAGCUUCAGACUCCCUGCAUGUAGAGUUGAAGCUAGAGAGAAGUGCUUCUGAUGUCCCAAGAGAACUGGAGUCGGAGACAGGUGGUCCAGCAUAUAGGUCAUCCCCAGAAGCUUCUCCAAGAAGCCAUAUAACUGUUCCAGAAUCCCAUGGAACACCUUCUAGUCAAGUUUCUACAAAAACUAAAAGGAACAAAGCUGACAAGAGUGCUUCCAACCAAAAAAGCAAGUCUGUUUCAGCAAGUAAGCCAUCUCCAUCAAACCCAAAUCAUGAUUCUGGUGCGAGAAGUAGCGUGGAGCAAUUGCCUAAAGACCAAAGGAAUGGGAAGAGGCGCAAUUCUUUUGGUUCAACAAGACCUGAUCCCACUGAUCAAGAACCUAGAGACAGUAGUAGUAGUAGUUCUCUCCCUCAUUUCAUGCAUGCCACUGAAUCAGCAAGAGCCAAGAUCCAGGCAAAUAACUCACCAAGAUCAAGCCCAGAUGUGCACGACAGAGAAUACAUCAAGAAGAGACAUUCUUUACCUGGUGGAAACGGAAGGCAGGGUUCUCCAUGCGUCCAGCGAUCAACGCCUCAAGCACAGCCUGUUGCAAAGGGAAAUGGCAGCCAUGUAAUGCAUGAGAAAAAAUGGCAGAGGUGAUAGAGAAUCCCAAGUUGAUCAUGGGCACAAAAAAUGGUAAGUUGAUCAUGGGCACAAAAAAUGGUACUUGAACCAGCAAGGAAAAACUUAGGAGUUGAUUUUUGAUCUACCUUGAAAGGUAUGUCCACGUUGAUGGCAUUUAAUCGUUUACACUUGGGGAGUUUGGCAGGGAAAAGGAGAUACAUACAAGAAUUUCUUGUAAAUUGUUUAGCAUCCAAAGAAGUUGAUAUUAUUUUCUCUGAACUAUUUUUUUUAGUUGGAGUUGCGGUUGUGUGUUUGUUGAAUAAUAUUAUUUUGUGUGAUAUUAUUGUCGAGUCUUGUUAAACGUGUUUUGGUUUUAUGUAUCUGGAACUGAGAGGGUAACUCUGGAAUGGAGAGACUCAAAUUGCUGCCUCUGCUUUUGCUAAUAAACUCUUUCAUCUCCUUU